AUGCGACUUAGUCGGCUGAAUCUGUCGGACGAUGUGGUAGAGAGUCUGAUUGAACUGCAAGCGGGGGAAAUCGCCCGUCUUCGCCUCGAAUUAAGUGAACUCAAGAGUGCGAACGAAGCUUUGAACGCAAAUCUCAGGGAUGGUACCAAUAUAGACUUGCUCGAACGGAAGUUGCAAAAACUCAUCGGACUUGUGACUACUCAAGCGAACGAUAUUCAAGCUCGUACCUCUAAUGACGAAGAUCUACGCAUCGCCCUCAAGUGUGCACAGGUUGCAUUUGCAGAAGCUUCGGCGCGGAACGAUGCACUUUCUAGAGAGCUUUGUGAGGCGUGCACUGCUCGAGAUGCGAUGCAGGAACAGCUAAAGCGCUUGGAGGCAUUGUCUAGCAAUUCGCUCGGAGAAUCCCAGGGUGCAACUCUAGAUGAGUUGCAUUGUACAGAUUCUUCUGACCAUGGGGAGGGCGAGACAUUCGCAGUGUCUUCAAGGAAGCAAGAUGUGAUCUUGGGAAAAUGUGUGGGGGAGACGUUUGCGGUUGCAUCGACCGAACAAGAUGGGGGUCGAGAGUACGUGAGGUCCGGCGGAUAUUUGGAGACGUGCAUCAAUGAAGAUGAAGAUGUUCUCCAUGUCCUGCCUCUAUCGGGACAAAAGAAAAUGUCAAGUCUGCUGGAUAAGACCACUGAGCAGGAGGCUUCACUCGAAGCUAUCUGCGAAGAACGUGACAGAUUGCAGACAAACGUCGCAGAUUUGACAAGAGAUCUAACCGCCACUUGCGUCGACCUGGCCCAAUGUCGGUCAGAGCUUGAGGCAACCAAAAUUGCACUCACGGCACAAGCACGCGACGUUGUCUCCAACAUGUUGAACCCCACUUCUAUUACAACUGACGCAAGUCGUCAUGAAGCUUCCGCAGCGACGAUGGAAAAGAAUAUUGCACAAAGCAUGUGCUUGGACAUCAGCACUAUACAGGCGAAUUUCGAACCUUUCGCAAAGCAUAUUUGGAAGAAAAAACAGAUGGAUCGAGCAUUGCUGGGUUUCAAAGCCUGUGCCAUCUCAAGUCUGAAGCCUAGAGGCUUGUUAUGGGAUGAUUUUCCGGGUCAUCCAUUCUACGUCAGAACAUCUCAACGUCUAACACAGGAUAAGACUUGGAAACCCCAUACGGACGUCCAGAUCAGUCAGUUGCAGGAACGGGGCAAGAUUGAGCUUGUCACCGACAUCGCGGGGGUACAGUAUUACCUUGGCACCUACACACUCGGCCGAGGUGAGAUCCUCGACAUGGAGGAUUUUAAGGCCAUGCCAUCGACGCCACAAGACUCUCUGAUCAGGAAGUCAAUUUCCGGUAAACAGAUGCGGAAGGAUGGCAAUUACCAGGAGACAGUACGGCAAAUGUACUACAGUGGACAAAUUUCGGCGAUCAAGUUCCCCUUCCAGCGUGUUGGAUACAAUACCGCAUUCCAUGAUCGGCUCGUCCAGUUUGCGAAUAAAUUAUAA